AGUCAGUCCUCCAGUCAGUCCUCCAGUCAGUCCUCCAGUCAGCCCUCCAGUCAGUCCCCUCCCAGUCAGUCCUCCAGUCAGCCCUCCAGUCAGUCCUCCAAUCAGUCCCCCACUCAGUCCUCCAGUCAGCCUCCCAGU